GCGAGCGCGAUGGACCCCCGCGCGCCGCCCCGGGCCCCCGCGCACGGCGUCCCCGGCGGCUGCUCCCUGCGGCGGCGCCCCGCGUCCCCCGAGCUGCUGCGCUGCAGCCGGCGGCGGCGGCCGGGCGCGGCGGGCCCCGGGGGCGGCGCGGCGGCCGUGGCGCGGCGCAACGAGCGCGAGCGCAACCGCGUCAAGCUGGUGAACUUGGGGUUCCAGGCGCUGCGGCAGCACGUGCCGCUCGGCGGCGCCAGCAAGAAGCUGAGCAAGGUGGAGACGCUGCGCUCGGCGGUGGAGUACAUCCGCGCGCUGCAGCGCCUGCUGGCCGAGCACGACGCCCUGCGCGCCGCGCUGGCCGGGGGGCUGCUGGCGCCCGCCGCGAGGGCCCCCGCGCCCCGCCGGCCGCCCCGCGCGCCCGCCGCGCCCCCGGCGCCGGCGUCCCCGGGCCGCGGCGCCAGCUCGGAGCCCGGCUCCCCGCGCUCCGCCUGCUCCCUGGACGGCAGCGGCGGCGAGGGCGCGCUGAGCCCCGCGGCGCGCGAGCUGCUCGACCUCUCCGCCUGGCUGGGGGGCUGCUGA